GGAAUCCGAUGAAACGCAGGGAGCCCCCUUCAUAUCCUCCUAGUUCGUCUUCACUUCCCGCCCGCCGGACCCGAGCACGCAGCAGCGGCUGCAAUGGGAGCGUGAGCGGCUUGCGGGAGGAGGACUCCAGGGUCACAAGAUUUUGUUCUCCCCCGGAACUGUCGCCUCUCCCCUCUCCCCCAAAUCUUCCGCGGCGCUGUGGGGAGCGGCGAUGGACUUCGACUGCGCCUCUCACGGCGGCGGGCAGUGGAUGGACGAGUCGGCGUCGCGGCGGAGGCAGCGCCGCCUCUCGUCGCCGUCGCUGAGGGCGUACCUCGCGCCGGCCUUCGACGCCGUCGCCGCCGAGGGAGGCGGCAUCCCGGCGUCCCCCGCUUCGUCCUACUCGUCAGGCGGGCUGGAGCUCGGCUUCGACGCCUCUCUCCUCCGCUACCGCCGCACCUGCUUCUCCGCCGCCUCCGCGGACCUGGAGAGCCGCCGCAUCCUCUACUCCUCGCCGCCGCCGCCGCCGCCGCCGCUGCCGCAGGCAAGGGCGGUGUACCCGGUGGCAGAUCAUGACGUGUUCCUUGCUGGGGGCUACCGCUACGGCCCGAAACGCCAGGCUGGCGGGCUGAGUGGCGCACCAGGUUUCUAUAACUUCAAGCCCCAAUUCUCCAGCGCCACCAGGCCACCUCCUGUUGACCUCCGAUCACCAGACGACACCGCGGCCCUCGCAAACAAGGUGGCGGCGGAGCUUUUCUCGACACCAGAACCUGGAGCAGCAGCACCUUCAGCCCAGGCGACGCCGCAGCUGCCGGCAGCCGAGAAGGAAGAUGACCUGAUAGCUGAAGUCCUGUAUGGCCAGAGCGGGCGACGCAGGCUGCCCAUCUUCAGGGACAUCUGCCCGGAAUGAGCAGUGUGCCCUAUCAUCCUUCAGACAUUAUAUAUGGUUCAUGGACUUGCUUUUGCCCCUGUAUAUUCAGUCUGUAUCCUUCCUGUGUCUAUAUAGGCCUGUCAGAUGUUAUACCCUGAAAGACUGUUCCUAGUUUCCCAGGGGGAGAGAGUCUCUGUUUCUCUCUUCUGUUGGUGAGAGGAUUCAUGUCAUGGUUUGAGCAAGCCGCCGGCAACUGACCCAUUUGCUUGCUGCUGGUCGAGUUAUUAAAACCCUUAUAUAUGCAUCGGACAAAUCGUUUGCUAUUGACAUUCUA